AUGCCGUUCGUCAAGAAAAUCAAGUCCGAUGCGUACUUCUCUCGCUUCCAGGUCAAGUACCGCCGUCGCAGAGAAGGCAAAACCGAUUACUACGCUCGCAAAAGGCUUGUCACCCAAGCUAAGAACAAGUACAAUGCACCAAAGUACCGCCUUGUCGUCCGCUUCACAAACAAGGACAUCAUCGCCCAAAUCGUAUACGCCCGUCUGCAGGGUGACUUCAUCCUCGCAGCUGCUCGCUCAAAAGAGCUCCCACGUUACGGCAUCAACCAUGGUCUCACCAACUGGACCGCAGCGUAUGCAACUGGUCUCCUCGUCGCUCGUCGUGCCUUGACCAAGCUUGGACUUGCGGACAAAUAUGAGGGUGUGACCGAGCCUGACGGCACGAUUUCCUUGAUUGAGGCUCUGGAUGAUGAAGACGCUCCGAGACCGUUCAAGUGCUACCUUGAUGUCGGUCUCAAGCGCACUUCUACUGGCUCUCGUGUCUUCGGUGCCCUCAAGGGUGCCAGUGACGGUGGUAUUCAUAUUCCCCACAACGAGAAGCGCUUCCCCGGAUACGAUCCAGAGAGCAAAGAGAUUGACGAGGAGGUUCUGAAGAAGUACAUUUUCGGCGGUCAUGUUGCUGAGUAUAUGGAGAGUCUGGAGGAGGAAGACGAUGAACGGUUCAAGAAGCAAUUUUCAACUUACCUUGCCGAUGGUGUUGGCUCCGAGGACAUGGAAGAAAUCUAUACCAAUGCUUACGCUGCUAUCCGUGAAGAUCCCACCUUCAAGCCGACAGAAAAGUCUCAGGACUGGAAGGCAGAGAGCCUCAAGUUCAAGACACCCCGCCUCACACUCGAGCAGCGCAGAGCCAACAUUCAGACAAGAAUUGAGGCCUUCAAGGCUGGUGGAGAUGCGAUCGUGGAGGAUGAGGAUGAAGAUUAGAUGUUUGGUAUCUUCUCUGCGGUGAUGUAUGAGCCCUCUUUCACAGGCACCAUUUUUCGUCCAUGACAUGUCCCAAAAUCAUGUUAUAUGUUACAUAUACUGCCAUUCUUUUGCGUACGAUACAUGAUGAAGCGGUGAAUAUUCGGAUCUCGAGAUUCAAAAGCAGGUUGUUGCAACAGCGUACCCUCCUCACCGUUCCGACAGAGCUCCUUGAAUGAUUUCUUCAACCCAAGAGAACAAAGGGGUCGGCUGGCUGGUAUCAAAAUGAUCAGAGUGCGAUUUUGGAUGACCAUCGCUACGAUGAAAGCGCGAAGCGAUGCAUUGGAUAGCUGAAUCCAUUCCGUACGACGUUCGAAAAUUCAAUACAUAUCCCUCCCAUUUCCCCACACUUCGGCCCAUGAGGAGAUCCACAAACCAAGUACCAUUCGUGCAUUCAGAGAGUUGCGCUCCAACCUGGCAUAUACGUGAGAGGAGACACUGCUCCGUUUCGUCUCUGAGGAGCUGUGUAAGUUGAGGAAUAGAAGAGAUGGGGAGAGUGGCUUGGGAGAGAUGCGCAGUGAGCGUGGACGGAGAAUGGAAAGUAAAGCGCAGUGUCCGACUGUUAUCUAUCCGAAUGAUGGCUUCACCCCCGACAUGUCCAGGCCCAUCCUCACUGACUAGUCGCACUAAUUCAUCCCCGUUCUCGCUCACCGCAUCGAAGUGGAACCUUGUUGUGACACCCGCAUUUUGAAGAGCUUGUACUAUUUGGCUCAUUUCUCCGUGUAUCCGCUCACAGAACACUUGAUAUUGGAGUAAAUCGAUGAUGGGCUGCAGCACAGGGGGAGCUGGGACCAUGUAUAUCAAGGUGGGCAUGCGUACAGAUGCGCCACUCAAUCGCCGCCUUUUAUUAUAUGCGUGGAGGCGGAGAAGGAGAAGAUGCAGCGAGGAAUAAAUGAAAUCGCAUCUUGCUUCAUCACUAGGGUUCGCGCUGACUUGCGGAGAUAUAUCCACUAGAUCUUUUUCUACCAGUUCAAAUCGAAGUUCAACAUUUUGUGCGGUUUCAAGGACAAUAAGCCGCUCGGAGACCCUGGCAGAAGCGGUCGGCAAGUUCCCGGCGUCUUUAAUGAGAAUCGAGAAGAUCUCUUGCUCAACGAUUUCACGUUGUGCUUCUCUCAAAAUUGCGUCUAGAGAGACGUCUUUCUCCAACCGGAUGUGAUUGUAUGAGGUGAAUCUAGUUCCUGAGUGAUCAACGGUGGUCAAAGAGACGCGAAGGAUUGUACGCUGUCUCUGGG